UUGCCUGCCGCUGGCCGCCAACUCGGUCGCUGCGGCCUCUUGAUAUCACGCACAGCAACGGCCUUCUCUCUGGCCUUCAUUGUCGCGCCCCUGCCUGCCCUCCAGGCUCCCACCUCCCUCUCCUCUCCCCUCUCCCCUCGCGGAGGAGCAAAGUGAGGGAUGGCGCCGACGUACCGGCCUUACGCGGCGGAGUACGGGGCGGUGGAGCGGAAGGUGCCGGGGGCGCGGUGGGUGGCGUCGGCGGCGGCGGCGUCGUCGGUGGCGUGGUUCGUGGGGGACCAGGCGGAGAUGAAGCGGCGGGGGAGGGUGGCCAGCUACAAGGCCUACGCCGUGGAGGGCAAGGUGAAGGCGUCCCUCCGCCGGGGCCUCCGCUGGAUCAAGGCCAAGUGCUCCCACAUCGUCCACCGCUAGCCCGCCCGCCCGCCGUCUUCUUCUUCCUCCUCCUUGGUGGCUCAUCAGGCGGGCGGCCGACCGAUGGUGGCGAGAACGGAUGCGCGAGGGAUGCAGCCGAGGGACGGACUCAUCGAACGUUCCUUGCGAGUAGAUUAGUCACUAGUGUAAGAUCAUCAUGCAUGCAUGGGUCCUUUUUUCUUCUUUUCUUUUUCUAGUUGUUCUGUUGUCGAGAGAGAGGGGGAGAAUGUUUGUUUCCGGGGCUGCAAGCAACGUUGGCCAUCAAUCAAGCAUCACACGCGGUUCCUUUC